AUGGAGAGAGACUUGAGCAUUGGACACAUAAAAGAGAAGAAGCUUGGGUUUGACCCCGACGCCCUCACCGCAAAAUACCUCGCCGAGCGCAAUAAGCGCCUCCGAAAGGAUGGAAUUGAUCAGUAUAAGGCCGCUGAAGGCAAGCUUCGCCAUUAUAAGGACGAUCUUUAUGCAGAGCCCGGGUUUCAGCGUCUGCCGGUUGUCGAGGAUGUGGACGUGCUUAUUAUAGGCGGAGGAUUUGGUGGACAGCUAGCAGCUUUACCUGGAAUUCAUGGCAUUGGGACGUUUAGAGGGCAUAGUUUUCACACAUCUCGUCGGAAUUAUGGAUAUACCGGGGGGAAUUCAAACGGGGGACUCUAUAAGCUCAGUGAGAAGCGUGUGGGAGUCAUUGGAACCGGAGCAACAGCCAUUCAAAUAAUUCCUCAUCUGGGACGCUCGGCGAAACAUUUGUACGUCUUCCAGAGGAUACCAUCAUCAAUUGCCGAACGACAGAACGCUCCGACAAAAUCAUCGUGGGCCACCAAGUUGCGACCCGGCUGGCAGCAAAAAAAAAUAAACAAUUUGAACAUCAUCAUAGAAGGAGGCCAGCAAGAUGAAGAUUUAGUCAACGAUGGGGCAACAGACAUUCUUCACAACCUCUCCGUGUUCGGUGUCACUGCCUCGCUGAACACAGAUGACGCUGCAAAGAUCGCAUCCGAACUGCAAAUGUUGGACUUCAAGAGGAUGGAGAGAAUCCGUGCUCGGGUAGACGCCACUGUGAAAGAUCCAGCGGUGGCUGAGAAGCUGAAGCCGUGGUAUAACCAGCUUUAUUGGCACAUGGACGCUUUGAUAAUUGAUGAGGAUGGAAGAUCUCUCACGGAGCAUUGGAAAAGCGGUUUUCGAACACUGCACGGCUUUUUGACUCGCGGAUUUCCUAACUGCUUUAUAAUCAGUCAAAUCCAGUCCGGCUUCACGGCCAACUUUGUUUAUACGCUGAGUGAACAGGCGAAGCAUGUGGCAUUCAUUGUCUCCAAGGCUGUUAAAUACGGAAUUCGUACAUUGCAGCCAACAGAAUAA